AUGAUAAAGGCAGAAACUGUCAUCAUGUGUAGUCAAUACAAUCUGAAAUGGAAUUCUCACCACGGAGAGAUGUUAUCAAGUUUCAAGGUGCUUCGAGACCGAGAGACGCUCGUUGAUGUGGUGUUGUCUUGCGGCAGCCGGUGGUUGAAGGCCCACAAAUUGGUCCUCUGUGCCGGUUCUGGAUACUUUGAACGCAUGUUUGAUCGUGAAGUUGGGGGCAACAACCCGGUGAUUUAUUUCUUUGGUGUGGAGUUGCAUGUGGUCAAGUUCCUGGUGGACUUCAUGUACAGUGGUGAAGUCAAUGUGCCCUUGGUGGAUCUAGAGAAGUUUGUGGAACUUGCCGAUGCGUUAGAGGUGAAGGGCUUGAAGGGGAGGCACCCCACAAGAGACUAUUCCCCUGCUGCUGGUGCCACUACCGAACUGAACUCCCCUGUUGUCGAGGAACGAGAAGUCGUUCGCAAGCGGAAGGCAGCCAUCUGGCGGAAAGAACUCCCUGAAGAUUCCUGUCAGCCCCCUGAAAUGAAAUUUCGCAGGGGAUGGUUUGCUUCUGGUCAGAAGGCUCUCAUCAAAUCAUCACAAGAUCUGAGUUUCACUGAUUCCAUAUCAAUGGCACCUGUGAAGGAGAAGGGCUGGAGUGAUGUGCAAGACGGAAGUGGUUUAAGUCGACAUCAAGAAGAAGAAGUUUUUGUGAAGGAGGAGUUUGUAUCCGAUAGAGGUUUUGAUGAUGAGGGAGAAGAGGAAGAGGGUAGUCAUGAAUCACAUUACCCGGAAAGAGAGGAGGGAUCCAUAUUUAAAUACAAUGAACAGGUCCAAAACUUUCAAUCAGGGAUGAAUCCACCAGUACUGCCAGGAGCUCCAUUUGGUGAGUUCUUUGCAUAUGUGGAAGGGCCAUACAGGACCAAAGUGUUCCAGUGCAAGCACUGUGUCUACAAGACACCGCACCGUGGGAAUGCAAACCGCCACAUCCGCAGCCACACCGGCGAGAAGCCUUACUCGUGCAGCGUCUGUGGACAGCUCUUCAGCCAUCACCAUCACCUGAAGGCAUCAGCGGAGGAGCGUGUCGGGUCGGCAAAAGAUGAAUUCGGUUUUCGGCAGAGCGGCAGCUUCAAAGUCCACAGGACUCCAGAGCACUAA